GUGCGCAUGCGCGGAGGAGGCGCGGAGGGGCUGAGGCACCCCAAUCGCGAAAGCUCUGGGAACUCGGGGACUCCGCCGGCGAGCCCCGGGGGUCCGAGGAGAAGGGAUGUGGGGUGGAAAUGGUCGCCUUGGGGCGAGACAAGGCUGAGAGUUGCAGAACAGAGAGAGACUCCCUACUGGCAGACCGGAGACCUCGGUUGUGGUCUCGCUGGAUGACCUGAGAUAGUAACUGUCCCUGUUGAAGCCCCCAGCAGGGCUGCAGCCAGAACUGAGGCGCUAGCAGGCAUGUAAAGCUGGUCAUGCAUCUACGCUGCUUGAUACAUUUCGAGCCCAGUAACAGAAGAGCCUUCCUGAGAUCGCUGUCACCAUACUUGCCUGUCACCUUCGCAAGGUUGGCCAGUGUGGCUGAGGCUCCAGAGAGCUCAGGAACUUCUUUCGGGACUCACAGAAACCUACACCCUGGUGAUGGCACACAGGGACUGUUUUCUUGUUCUUAGUCUAAAUGACUGCCAAGAAGGAAGGCAAAGGUAGAAGAGUCGGAUCUCGGGCUCUCCCCAGAGCUUCUAAUCUCAGACCUUAUUAAACUCCUUUCUGAGCCCAAGGACAAAGCUCACUUGAACAAAUGAUUUUGAGUCAUGAAUGAAAACUCUUGCUCUUUCCAUAAUGAGAAAGAAUUAAGAGAUGGACAGGUUGAAAGUGUGUCUGCUGGGUGCCCUCCACCAUGUGACGAGGACAACAGUGCUCUUCUGGCUUUCAGGGGAAUAUCUAUCUCAGAGUUGAAGAACCACGGCAUCCUCCAGGCCCUGACGGCAGAAGCGAAUGGCUGGGAGCCGGCUGGCGCUGAGAACCCUACCUUCCUGUGGCUCCCAGUGCAGUGCGCAAGACAGUUACAACAUGGUGAUAAGCGUGGGGUGUCGGGGUCUCUCAUGGAGCAGCUCCUAACACGGAUUACAGAGGCUAAAGAAGGCACCCAGUUAUGAAUACAGAGGUGCUCCGAGCCCAAGAAGAAUGGGAAGCUGUGGACAGUAUCCAGCCAGAGACAGGGAGCCGGGCCAGCUCAGACCAGCCUGGGCAGCUAAUCUCUUUCAGUGAGGCCCUCCAGCAUUUCCAGACCGUGGACCUCUCUUCCUUCAAGAAAAGAAUCCAGCCAACGAUCCGAAGGACCGGGCUUGCUGCCCUCCGGCACUGCCUCUUCGGGCCUCCGAAGCUCCACCAGGGCCUCCGUGAAGAAAGGGACUUGGUCCUGACCAUCGCUCAGUGUGGCCUGGAUAGCCAAGACCCAAUGCAUGGCCGAGUCCUCCAGACCAUCUAUAAGAAGCUGACCGGCUCCAAGUUUGACUGUGCCCUCCAUGGAGACCACUGGGAAGAUCUGGGCUUUCAGGGAACAAAUCCAGCCACAGACUUGAGAGGAGCAGGCUUCCUUGCCCUCCUGCAUCUCCUGUACCUGGUGAUGGACUCAAAGACCUUGCUGAUGGCCCAGGAGAUUUUCCGCCUGUCUCGUCACCAUAUCCAGCAAUUCCCCUUCUGUUUGAUGUCCGUGAACAUCACCCGCAUCACCAUCCAGGCCUUAAGGGAGGAAUGUCUCUCCAGGGAGUGUAACCGGCAGCAGAAGGUGAUCCCGGUGGUGAACAGCUUCUACGCCGCCGCUUUCCUCCGCCUCGCGCACGUCUGGAGGACGCAGCACAAGACCAUCUCUGACUCGGGCUUUGUCCUCAGAGACUUGGAGGUGUUGGCCAAGAAGAGCCCCAGACGGCUGCUCAAGACCUUGGAGACCUACUUGGCUGGAGUGUCAAAGGGACAGGCCUCCCUGUUGGGGGCGCGGAAGUGUGCUGGGCCACAAGCCCCUCCCUCCAAGGAUCUCACUUUCACAGGAGUGUGUGACCUGCCACCACACUCCUCUGAAGGCACAUGGCUGAUCUGACCAACCCCAGUGAGCGCCGCCGGAUCAAAAGCCUUGAAGGGGCUUUGUACCCUGGCACCGUUCUGCCCCUUGCGGCCCUAGCAGAAGGGAUGUAGGAAGCCUGUUGGGGGAGCCAAGGACCCUCACCUGCAUGAGACAUGAGGGGCUGUUAAAUUUGACCCACUCCCCGCAGACCUUCCUACAGAGCAAGGAAAACGUUGCCAUAAUCUUAGUUGGGCUACAGCUUCCAGAGUUGGGUCCUAGGUAAUUUCAGUGACAGAUCAUGAGGUGGGAGACCCCAUCUGGAUGUUCCACACAGCCCUACAUCAAAGAUAUUCCCAAGGAGAGGUGCCGGAAUUCUGACUCCCUGGCAGCGGGGCUUUCAGGCCUCAGGGGUCCACGGGACAGGGACCAGACAUGGGCUGAGUAGUUAGAAUGUGAAGGGAGAUGGCAGCGGUGGCAGCAGCUGACAGGGGGCAGCAUGAACCAGAGAGUGGACAUGGGCCUGCCUUCCUCGCCAUCCCCUGGGGUCUCUGGCCUUGCACUUACCCUGCCCUCACCUCUCCCCAUCCCUCCUCCCCACUGCUUGUGACACAGAGCCAGGCGCUGGGCUAGGUGUCUGCUGCCACCCAUCCUAACCGCCCACCAGCUGGGCUACCCCCGUGGAGGCUGUGCAGGUCCCAUCAGGGAUGGUUCUCUGGCCUGGGCGAGGGAAGGAGGAAAUUCACGUACCAGCGGUUUUUAAAUAAAAGAAUUCUUCUGGGUUAA